AUGGGAGAAGAACGCGCGGGGCAUGCUGGGAUGAUGGAGAAUUUCUCGGCUCUCUUCGGAGGGGCCGAGCCGCCGCCUCCCGCCGCGGCUACCGCGCUGGGCUUCGGGCCGGGGAAGCCGGGGGGUCCCGGCGCCGGGCCACCCCCCGCAGCCGCCACGCCCCAGACCGUGGAGGACGCCGCCCGGAAGGCCGCGGCUGCCAGCGGCCCCUUCUACCUGAUGCGGGAGCUACCAGGCAACAUGGAACUGACGGGCAGCACCAACCUGAUCACACACUACAACCUGGAACACUCUUAUAACAAAUUCUGCGGCAAGAAGGUGAAGGAGAAGCUGAGCAACUUCCUGCCCGACCUGCCAGGGAUGAUCGACUUGCCGGGCUCGCAUGACAACAGCAGCUUGCGCUCCCUUAUUGAGAAGCCACCCAUCUGCAGCAGCUCCUUCAACCCCAUCACUGGCACCAUGUUGACUGGCUUCCGCCUGCAUGCUGGGCCGUUGCCAGAACAAUGUCGCUUGAUGCAUAUCCAGCCACCCAAGAAGAAAAAUAAACACAAGCACAAGCAGAGCCGCACCCAGGAUCCUGUUCCCCCAGAAACCCCCUCAGACUCCGACCACAAGAAGAAGAAAAAGAAAAAGGAGGAGGAUCCGGAGCGGAAGAGGAAGAAGAAAGAGAAGAAGAAAAAGAAGAACCGGCACAGCCCAGAGCACCCAGGCGUGGGCAGCUCCCAAGCCAGCAGCAGCAGCAGCCUCCGGUGAGGCACCGACUCUGACCGUGGCACUGGGAUCACUCCAGGGAGACGCCCAUCAUCGACUUGCUGAGUGCUGGGGAGAGCGGCGCUGGAGGCGACAUUAGGAACUACCCCAGAGCAGCUCGCAGGGGGGAACUGGGUUGCCCCACUGGGGGCCCCCGUGUGUACAGAUAUCUCAGGGCAUCAGCCUGGUGGGAGCACAGACUCAGCUGGAGAGGGGGCACUGGCUGCUGCCUUUAAGGCUUGCUCAUCCCUUUUAUACCAAAUAAUCCUCUCAGUAGCAGAGGCUCUUUUUUUAUUCACGUUUUAAUUAAAUCUCUGCUUGGAGGAGA